CGUUUCCCCACUUUUUUUUUUUUCUUCCUUACUUUCUUUUUUUAAUUUCUUUUCCUACUUGUCAGACUUUUUGUAUGGUAACAAAUAUUACUCAAUGGACGAUACUGGUGAUACGGAAAGUAACUUGCAACAUGAAAUUGAAGAUUUAGUUUUUGGUUCGAUAGCUGGUAUGGUUGGCAAAGUAGUAGAAUAUCCUUUUGAUACUAUCAAAGUACGACUACAAACACAACCUCUUGAUCAACCACAUUAUACUGGAGCAUUAGAUUGUAUUACUCAAACACUUCGUCAUGAAGGGGUCAAAGGAUUAUUCAAGGGUAUGUCAUUACCUAUUAUUGGAGCCAUGAUGGAAAAUGCAACUUUAUUUGUGGGGUAUCGACAAAUGCAACGAUUGAUACGAAUGUAUACUGGACAAUUGGAUGAAAGCAAACAAUUAUCAAUGGAACAAUUAAUGAUGGCAGGUGCAGGAUCAGGUGCUUUGGCAACAUUUGUGCUUACACCUGUAGAAUUAGUGAAAUGCAAACUUCAAAUACAGGAACAAAAGCAACGACAACAUCAUCAUCGGUAUGGUGGACCUUUGGAUGUGAUGAAAAAUGUAUGGCAACGUCAUGGGAUCCAAGGUUAUUAUCGUGGAUUUUGGGCCACAUUGGUUCGAGAAACAUUUGGUGGGAUCUUUUGGUUUGGAGCCUAUGAAUAUUGUUGUGCAACCUUCCUUCGUCGUAAAUCUGGACAUCAUCAUUAUACAAAAAAGGAUUUGACUUCAAUUGAAUUGAUGAUCAGUGGUGCCAUGGGUGGAAUUGGAUAUAAUAUGUCAAUGUUUCCUGUGGAUGUUAUCAAAUCUCAAAUGCAAACUGAUGAUGAAUUACGAAAGGGUCCUAUUCGAUCGUUUGGAAAAAUCGCUAAAUCAAUCUAUCAAGAUGCUGGCAUCAAAGGGUUUUAUCGUGGAUGUGGUAUCACUGCCUUAAGGAGUGCUCCUACUUCGGCUGUUAUCUUUUUAACUUAUGAACAAUUGACACAACAUAUACGAAUACCUAUUUAGAUAGAUUAGAUAAAAUAUUAGAGAUUAGAUAUACCCUACAGUUUCGUGAUAUUAUAAAAUAAAAAUAUUGGAGUUUUCCC